AUGCCAUUCUCUCACCACAGCCAUUCGGGCCAGUUCUGCCCAGGACACGCCAAAAACUCAAUGGAGGAGAUGAUCCAGACGGCCAUCGCCCAAAAGAUGCACACCUUCUGCCUAACCGAACAUAUGCCCCGCGGCAAAGAAGAUUUCUACCCUGAAGAAAUCGAGGCUGGCAACACAGAAGCAUGGCACGCAUCCAACGAAGCAGCCUACUGGACCGAAGCCGUGCGCCUGCGUACGAAAUACGCUUCCCAGAUCCAGCUCAUCAUCGGCUUCGAGUGCGACUGGAUCCGGCCCUCGUCGGAGAGCCUCAUCUCGCACUCUCUUUCCAGAUUCCCCUUUGAAUUCUUCGUCGGCUCCGUGCAUCACACGCACACAGUGCCAAUUGACUACGACAGACCCAUGUACGAGCAGGCGCGGCAGCGGGCCGGAGGCACGGACGAGCGCCUGUUUGAAGAUUACUUCGAUGCCCAGUUUGAUAUGCUACGCAAGCUGCGGCCGCCUGUUGUGGGGCAUUUUGAUCUGAUUCGCUUGAAAAGCGAUGAUGUGGAACGCAGCUUUAUGUCCUUUCCGGGGGUUUGGAGCCGGAUUCUGCGGAAUCUUGAUUUCAUUGCUGAGUAUGGUGGACUCAUUGAGUUGAACUCGGCUGCGAUCAGGAAGGGAAUGAGUGAGCCGUAUCCGAAGGCGGAGAUCUGUAGGGAAUUUGUGGCCCGUGGUGGCAGGUUUUGUCUCUCGGAUGAUAGCCACGGCGUGGAUCAAGUCGGCUUGAAUUUCCACCGCGUGCUGGACUUCCUCGACAAAGCGGGUAUCUCGUCGUUGCAUUAUCUGACAUUGUCGGAGCCAUCCGCCGCAGCCACGGUUGAUGCCCGGUUCCCUCGCACGCAGACGGCAUCUGUUUCAAUUGACGAGUUGAAGGAUAUGGCGUUCUGGAAGAGUUCAUAG